AUGGCACAAUGGGAACAAACUGCGCCAGGAGCACUUACUGCAUGGCGACAAACCGGUCAAAGUGGACAAGCAGCAUUGACGCAAAUGGGAUCAUGGCAACAACCCGUCCAACGCGGACAAACAGGAAUGAGACAAAUGGGAUCAUGGGGACAAUCACCUCAAAACAGACAAACGGCCUCGUGGGGUCAAUCAGCACAAAAUGGGCAAGGAGCUGGACAAAUGCAAUGGAGACAAAAUGGAAAUUGGGGUCAAACCGCUCAAAAUGGACAAGCAGCAGUAUGGGCUCCAAGGGCCCAACAAUCUGGUUCUGUAAUGGAUUUGUCAUCUGGGCAAUCUUCUAAAGCGCACAAAAUGAGACAUGAUGACUACGCGAAAAUAUUUCGACGAUGGGAAAAUAAUCCUUAUGCUGACGCUCAGCCGUUUUACAACCCCUAUCCCGCCGGCCGUCGCUCAGGUACUGGCUAUUUGUAUGACUUUCUAUACAAAAUGAAACAAAAGUAUCCGAAUUUUGAUCCAGAAAACCCCUAUGGUGCAGCUUAUGAUAAUCGAGGUCAUUUUCCACCUCAAUAUCCGAAUGAAGCCGAAGUAGUGCCGAUUAGGGGACAACUUAUGGUUCUUCCGGAAAAACCGCAUAGAAUGGAUAAUUUCGAUGAAGUCAAUGGAGACAGAUAUGAACAACGCGAAAAUCAGAAACCGGAGCCAUAUUAUGAGCUACCUCAGAGACCAAUGAGGGGAAUUGGACGAACCGGGCAGUACUCUCCAUUACCACCUGAAGCAGAUAGGAAGGAAGUGCCUCUUCCCUUACUACAGAAACAUCAACUGGCGCAAAGAAUGGCGCAGCAGCGUAUGGCCCAGCAGCGUGUGGCACAACAGGGUAUGGCACAACAAAGUAAGGCGCAGCAGAUCAUGGCACAGGAGAGUAUGGCACAACAGAGUAUGGCACAUCGAUAUGAACACCGACCAGACGCACUACGGCAGCAGAUACAGGAAAAAGAAAAAGUACAUGUAGAAGAACAGGCUAAGGAAGAUGCGUCAAUGGAAGAAGCGAGAGCACAACUUAAAAAGAUGCAAGAAUUAGCUCCUGAUUCAGUUUUAUCAGAUUUAAGAGGUUCAUGGGACAGACAGACACACCACAACGACGUCUUCGAACCCACAUAUACUCCGCAAGAAGUGAAGCAAGUUCAAAUACCCCAUGAAGAUGAUUUUGGAGCACCAAUACGUUGGGUUAAAGUCGAUUCGAAUGACACUUCAGAUGGCUUAGCGAAGGUUACGGACCCUAUGACUGGACAGAAUAAGCAGUUUGAAGUGAAUGGAACUGUUUACGUGCCCAUCACAGAUUACAAUCCGAAAAGAGUGAUUUAUGGUUUACGCCAAGGUGCAAUGCCAGAACUGGCAACACAUACUACCGCUAAUAGCAACAUACCGAAAACAUCGUUCAAUCCAAUUCGCACGAUGUUGAAGAGCGUGAGAGUCGAGAAUCUGGAGAAGAAAGACUGGUUAGCCUUCGAAGUGGCGUUAGGGGCAAGUGGCGAUCCGGAAUCUUGUUCAGAGGAAAGUUGUCAAGCUAGAUGUCGCGGUAAUACAUGUGAUACAGAGUGCCGGGGCGAUACAUGCGGUGCCGGGUGCAUAGGAAAAGUGUGCGCAGCUAUUGUAAGUUUGGUCAAAUUUGCUUGA